CGGCGCGCAUCAGUGGCAAGAUCUGCUAGUUGCGAGAGGAAGGCAAGAGGGCAGGUGAUAAAGCUGAAGUCGUCUGAAGCUCUGAGGUGCGGAACACAUAAUUUAGCCGGUGUUCAGGGGUAUCUCCGAUAGUGCACUUUUCUGUCUUUGACAUCGACUACCAACUUUCCUCUGCACUAGAGCUGGACGUAAUGCCAUUGCACUAGGUUUUUGGGAAGAUCGUAGCUGUCAUUUGGCACUUUUUUCGAUUUUCUGACGUGGAUAUUGGAAAGGUGUCUUUGGCUUCAAGACAUCACAAACUUCCACAAACAAUCUGACCAUUAACCCGAGAGAUCUACGGAGAGAUUGACGUCCUGCUCAGAAUGGAGGGUGGAAUAGCUGCUUCAUGUUUGGAGCGAAGAUACCCGUAUGGAUGUUUCAGCAGGUAGAGAGCAUUCUGAUUUCAGAGUCCCGAGCACUUGGAUAUAUUUCUUCAACCAUCACUGGUUUCGUUACAUUCAGCUUUGCAUCAAAAAUCGGGGAAAUCGUCCACUGUGUGGCAAAUUUGGAGAACAGACAAAACAUUUGAAUAGCAUCGGUAAAAGUUGAGUGCUGAAGCAUUAGCCAACAAUACGUUUAGUCACUUGUGAAUAUUUUAUUUGUCAUUAAGAGUUUCCGCACCAUCACGCCCACGGUUUGUGAGAGCCACUAAUUAUUUCGAUUGCUUUUGGACAUUGUAAAUAGCCUCCCCCUUCGUACACCCUGCUCAGUCCGUCUCAUGUCAGCUUACCCACACCAAGAAAGGCAAAACGGCGACAGGCGGCUGGUAACCUCUACCUCUUAAGAAACGGGCACUUUCCUAUUCUCUACACUUCAGUGUGCCCUGGAUUGCAUUUUUGGGGGAGAAUAGCCAUUUGGAAAAUCUUUAACUUUUGCCUCUGCACUGGAAUUUAUCGUUUGAUAGCCAACUCUGAAAGAGUGGAUUACUGCCUUCCAGAAACACAGAUUUCUCCUGAGCUGCUUUUUCAGAAUGUUCCGGCGGCACGGAGUGGCGUGCUCGGCGCUGACGGGCUCCAUGGACGCGAGGCAUGGCGUGGUGGCCAUCACCUUCCUGGCCUUCUUCAUGCAGGUGGUGGUGGAGGCGAGCUCCUGGUGGUCCCUGGCCAUGAAUCCGUUGCUGAUCCCCGAGGCUUACAUCAUUGGUGCGCAGCCUCUCUGCAGUCAGCUGGCCGGCCUGUCCAAGGGCCAGAAGAAGCUGUGCCAGCUCUACCAGGACCACAUGCAGUACAUCGGCGAGGGCGCCAAGACGGGCAUCCGCGAGUGCCAGUUCCAGUUCCGCCACCGCCGCUGGAAUUGCAGCACUGUGGACAACUCGUCCGUCUUCGGCCGCGUCAUGCAGAUAGGUAGCCGGGAGACGGCGUUCACGUAUGCCAUCAGCGCGGCGGGCGUGGUCAACGCCGUGAGCCGCGCCUGCAGGGAGGGGGAGCUGUCCAGCUGCGGUUGCAGCCGCGCCGCCCGGCCCAAGGACCUGCCACGCGACUGGCUGUGGGGUGGCUGCGGCGACAACCUCAUGUACGGCUACCGCUUCUCUAAGGAGUUUGUGGAUGCGCGCGAGCGCGAGAAGACCUACUCCAAGGGCUCCAUAGAGAGUGCCCGGCUCAUGAUGAACCUCCACAAUAAUGAGGCUGGACGACGGGCGGUGUCGGACCUGGCGCACGUCUCGUGUAAGUGCCAUGGCGUGUCGGGCUCUUGCAGCCUGAAGACCUGCUGGCUCCAGCUGGCCGACUUCCGCAAGGUGGGCGACCUGCUGAAGGAGAAGUACGACAGCGCCGCCUCCAUGAAGUUGAACGCGCGGGGCAAGCUCGUCCAGGUGCACAACAAGUUCAACCCGCCCACUGGCCAGGACCUGGUCUACAUCGAUCCCAGCCCAGACUACUGCGUGGUCAACAAGACCACCGGCUCCCUGGGCACGCAGGGCCGCCUGUGCAACAAGACGUCCGAGGGCAUGGACGGCUGCGCGCUCAUGUGCUGCGGCCGCGGCUACGACCAGUUCAAGGCCACGCUGGUGGAGCGCUGCCACUGCAAGUUCCACUGGUGCUGCUACGUCAAGUGCAAGCGCUGCUCCCGAACCGUGGACCAGUUCGUCUGCAAAUAACACACACACACACACAUACACACACACACACACAUACACACACACACACACACACAUACACACACACAUACACACACACACACAUACACACACACAUACACACACACACACACACACACACACACACAUGAGCGAGCGAGAUUAAGAGAGCGUGUGGGAGAAAAUGUAUGAGACAAUGGGGAAAGAUGGACAGAGAAGAAGAAAAAGAAGAAGAGGAAGAAGAAGAGAGCGUGUGGAAUGGGGAAGAGAGGAAGAAAUGACAAAAAAACACAUAGCGGAGAGAUAAAAAAUAAACUAUAUAAAUUAUAUUUAUAGAUUUAAACAAUUAUACCAUUUUCAAAAAGACUGACAGUUUGUUUUUUUUCCUUCUAAGUAAUAGGUACAAAAAUUCUAAGUGUCUUCCAAAAAAAACCUGGGAGUAUCAUUGAAUAUUUAUUUUCUAAGAGUUUUUUUGUUCUCUUCUGGCUUUCCAAAGUGGAGUUAAACAACACAGUAGUGCAUAUAUAGAAUUGACCAGGCUGUUUUUAAAUGUGCCUCUCAGUAGCCCCUACCGGAGUCCAAGGGCUCCAUCUUGCCGUGUAAUGAGAGCCUGCAGCGUGUUGUAUAAAGUUGUCUUGUCCCAUGGUGCUCGGCAGUAGAUGGGAUAGAUGGUCCUGGUGCCCAGCCAGUUUCCUACAGUUUCCCUUGACCGCUCCGUGGCGGACGCUAGGAGCUGAUCCCCCUCCAUUACCUAAACCCGGUGCUUCCUUGGACUAUCAUGCCACCGGUCAGUGCCUUCAGCAUUCUCUGCUGCCCUAAACAGUUAAAGAAUCAGGAUUGGUCUGUCAGCAACAAGCUGUUUGUGUGUCCUCACUAUCACUGCAAAUGGUAUGUAUCAGUAACGUAACUACACUGGACAGUAGAUGAAGCCUUUUUGCCUUUCACAAAAAAAAGAGCAUGCACACAUUCUUUUGAAAUACUGUAAGCCUUCUUGCUUCACCUCAGACAAUCCCCGGUUUUUAGCUGUUAUUCCUUUGAGGACAAUUUUAUACUCUCAUAGAUUGUAUGCAAAUGGCUGAUUCAAAAUGCAUUUAGAUUUUUUUUAAUAUAAACUACCAGAAAAUGCCCACAGGAAAGAAAAAAAAGUUUUUUCAGAUUUUAAGUACAUAUGCACUUUCAAAGACAAGAUUCCACCCGUCCUGUAGACCUUUUUCAAGUUGAUCAUAAUAUAGCAUAUUUUACUCUAAUCUCCAUAUUAUCUCAGAUAUCCAUGGAACAUAUAAGAUCAUAGUAAAAUGGUUUUAAAUAUAUAUGGGCAGUAUCUUGGUUUUUGAGGGUGAAGUAUCCCAUGUUCUGUAUAUACUUCGUCUAACCAUGCAAUCAUUAAAUUGUAUGGACCAUAUUUAUUUCUCAGUUUAUUUUCCUCUGUUAAUAGCUACCCUAACUCCUCUCAUAGUUUUUUUUUUUUUGUGAUGGCAGUCAGCUAGAGGGCCACUUUCUAAGCAGUUCACUCUGGUGUCCUUUCUGGUGUCUUGUUAAAGGGAAUUCCACCAUUGCAUCUUGGAGAUCACAUUUGUUCACACAGACUUAAGCUUUCCUCACAGAAUUUUCUCUUUUUACCACAGUCCUGUAAAUUCCCUCCCCACCCCCCACCCCUGAAAGUUCACAUAUGGGGGCACUUGUGUGACAUCUCACUUUUUUAUGGGGGAGGAAGGGGGUCAAGUCACCAUGGCAGCCAAGCCUUUUGAAGUACAGUUCCAUUUUGCCUUUUCAGAUUGUUCCUCAUGCCACACCGUACUCUCUCUUUUUUAUCAUCAAUGCUAACUACUCAUUAUCAAUCCAACCUGUAUAUUUAUUAUCCUUUAUGAUUUUUAUUGAGGCUUGGAAGAAGUUAUUUUCUUAUAGCUGUUUUUAUUUUAUUUUUUGUUUUGUUUUUAACUCAGACAUUGUGCUCUAAUUCUUCAAUAAAUUUUACACCGUAAUAAAAUUAACAAAAAGCUCAACAUUAUUCAUCUUUUGACAGUGACAGAGGAAACUGGCUGUUAUGGUCAUUCUCAUCUUGCAUUGAAGUGGAAUUCACUCUGCUAGUAAAUGUCCAGAGCUUAGAAGCUUUUUAUUAAAAACAUAAAUAAAUAUGUGUGUAUAUUUUACUGAAUCCCAGGUAAUGAAUUUGACAUUUUUCUAUGUUUUGUACAGAAAUGAUUACGGUAAGAUUUGUCUGUAUUUUUAUAUCCUUUCAUUUUUGUUUUUGUUUUGAGUUAUGAAGUGUCUGCCAGUGACCGUCUCCCAGACCGUGAUUCACCAACUUUUAGUAUGAACAAAUCUGAAUCAAACAUCUUCAACAAAUAAAUUUAUCUGGAAUCUUC